GUAUCACAAAAAAAACAUACAAACGAAUCUACCACUGUCCUCUGCCAGGUUUGCAGCCCCCUCCUGUUUGGACAUAAAUCUUCAUCUGAAGGCGUCCAGGGCCUGGUUCUGUGUCCACCAGUGUAUUGACCUCGGUGGAGUUCAAAGAUUGUCUCUGCAACUACUGAGGACCCACACACCCACGUGGACAUGGACAUCGGCACAGUGAACGCUCUGUCUUAUGAGGAUUUUGGGAAUAUUUUUGGUAACGUGGUGGAGAAAUGUCCAAUCAUAGCCGCUGCAGUGUGGUCCGGUCGUCCCUUUGCGAGCUUGUCUGCUUUGGAGGCUGCGUUCAGUGAGUUUGUCGAUGCUCUGCCAGAGUCAGGUAAAGAGGGCAUCCUCAGGUGUCACCCUGACCUCGCGGGCAGGGACCUCCAGAGCGGCACCCUGACUAAAGAGUCGCUUGAGGAGCAGGCAGGAGCCGGCCUGGACGCGCUGGAGUCAGCUGAGGCCUCGAGCAUGGCCCGGCUCAACGAGCAGUACAAAGAGCGGUUCGGGUUCCCGUUCGUCAUCUGCGCCCGGAUGAACGACAAGAAGAACAUUUUACGGCAGCUGUCCGAGCGCUGUCAGCACGAGCGCACGGUGGAGAGGGCGCACGGCAUCGAGGAGGUGAAGAAGAUCUGCAGCCUGCGUCUCCAAGGCCUUGUGCGCCAUGACGCACAAAACAAGCUCUGAACCUGAUUCACUACUACUAACAUUCAUUUCUAUCAAACAUUUACAUGGUGGUGAUACUUGUUUUAUUCCAAAUGUGUGUGAGCUAUUCAUCCAUUGCUCUGUGUACUUUUUUUAGACAAUAAAGGAGGUAGAGCGGGUCAUCCACCAACCAGAGGGUUGGGGGUUGGACCCCGGUCACCCCUAUUCUGCA